AUGGCGCCUAUUGAGGGCGAGUGUGCGAUUUGCACUUCCGAUCUCAAAACCGAAGAUGCAAAAGACAUAGCUGCGCUUCCAUGUGGCCAUACAUAUCACUGGGUUUGCGUGAACGGAUGGUUGCAGGCUGCACCAGGUGCAAAAUAUAACCGAGAUGGGACAUCCAAAGAAAAUUUUGAUGAUCUGCACACGGAGAGUUUCCAAAACCAGGCUUUGAUUGAUGAAUUAUUAGAAAAUCUAAAUCGCGAGGAGGAAACACAUAGGCAAACUAUGUGCAAUUACCAAGCUCUACUAAAUACCAAAGAAGAAUAUGAGGAAUUGCAAGUAGUUUAUUUUGAAAAAGCGUUGAAUGCGACCAAAUCAGUCAGUUUUCGAAUUAAUGUUAUAACAGACGAAUAA